AUGAAAAGCGAUGUUUCACAUAGGAAGAAGCUAACCGAGGCAGAUGUUAUAGUUCUGAAGGCAAUCAGUUUCAACACCGGAAACCUAGGCUCACUGAUGAAAAAAGAAAACUCUGCCCUCGGUACAGAUAUAUAUGACGGUGACGUUACGCAACCAGUUACAGUCGAGGUGAAAACGGGUGAACCACUCGAUCUGCUCGCCUGCGGAAUGCAACUAUCUGGAGAUAUCGAAAAGUUCGACAAUGGACUGCUGGUGAACUUGUUCUCAAAAAACCAUCAGGAAUCACGAAAAACAACUAUAUCUUCGUCUGAGCAGGAACAUCGCUACUCCAAGCGGCAUCGCAUUGAUGAUGAUGGUCCUAUAGAUCAUGAUUUGAUGGCUGCUCUGGGUUUUGGAAAAAAUCGUAACAGAGGUAUGUUCAGUUUGCGGUCGUACGUUCGAUCAGUGAAUUCAAUUCCUCCUGCACCAAAGGAUGACGAACCCCUCUUUGCAGUCCGCUGUCCGAGCCCCGAAAGAAAGCCAUUAGUGGAACAUCCAAAAUGCCCCAUUUCUUUACCUAAAGUGUCGACCGUCAGCUCUGUUUCGACAGUUGCGUCUCCUAAGGAAAGCGCUCGCGAUCUGAAGAGUCUUCAAAAGCGAGCGUAUGAAGCACAAAUCUCUAGGGAGGAGGCGAUGACCAAAUACUAUCAAAUGAAGAUCAAGAAACUCGAAUUGGAGAUCGCCCAAUUGCAGCGCAAUAGAAGUGAAAAUGAGAGUGGAUUGUAA